UUUACCACAAUAAAAAAAAAUGACAUAAUAAGAAAAGCGGUGUUAAUGCCCUCAACUUGACUGGGAAUGUGUAGGGCUUCUCCAUCCCAUGGGGCGUUCUCUGAGAGCAGGGAAAGAUGUCUCCCUUCUCCGUCUGGGGCUCUCCCGGGAGCAGCAGGUGUUUUUUUCAGCGGAUAGCUGCUUCCCCAGGGCCUGGACUGGGCCUGUUCCUCAUCAGACUGAGGUGCUUCCCGAUGGUGGAGUUCCCUCCACGGGGCGAGGUUCUGUCUCCUCCUUCCGAGGGAGUUGUUCUAGCAACUGUGUAUGGGAGGUGGGGAAAAGUGGGCCUCUUGUUUGAGACUUUCGUCCGUCCUCCGCAGCCUCCGGGCUCAGGAGCCCCACAAGCGCCCAACACCUUCGUAACCUCCAUCUAUCUUCUGCCUCUCCAAGUUCCGCGCCCUUAGAAGGCCAGCGCCGUCUCCCCGGGCUGGCGGGCCCAGGCGGCUUUCCGCCCUCUUCCAAGAUGGCCGCCACCGCCUCUGUGACAGGCCUGAUCACGUGGGCGCCGUCGCCUAUGAGGUCGCCGCGGCUCCGGCGGUGAUUGUCCCUCCCCGAGCCCCGUCCCGAGGAGGCGACUGCCCUUGUCAACCGAAGCCUGAGCGAUCAUGGCAACGGGCUCGGGCGGGGAGCGCGUGGCAGCGGUGGCAGUUUGGUCGCGGGCCGGGGCGGCGGAGCGGCGGCGGCGGCGGUGGCACUGGCGCUGGCACCGGCCCUGAGCGCCAUGCAGCGGGGCAGCUCCGAGAGGGAGCUGGCGGCCAGGUGGGAGGCGGAGGCGGUGGCCGUGGCCGAAGCGCCGGCGGCGGCGGCGGCGGAGCAGGGCGGCGUGGACUCGGGCGCGGCCGGGGAGCCGGAGCGCAAGGCUCCCGAGGAGCAGCCCAGGGAGGGGGCCCCGGCGCAGCCCCGCGCGGCCGAGGAGGGGGACGCCCGGGUCGUCCCGCGGCCGCCGCCCACGCUGCCCCUGGCCAAGCCGCAGCCGGCGCGGGCGCGGGGCCUCUGCCCGCACCGGAAGCCCCGGAGCAAGGGCCGGGGCUGCCGGCGGAGCUCGGGCCGCUCGGCGGACGAGUACUGCUCUCAGCGGCCGGUCACCGUGGACAGCUCCAAGGCCAGGACCUCCCUGGACGCCCUGAAGAUCAGCAUCCGCCAGCUCAAGUGGAAGGAGUUCCCAUUUGGCCGACGCUUGCCUUGUGACAUCUACUGGCAUGGAGUUUCAUUUCACGACAAUGACAUAUUCUCCGGCCAAGUGAACAAGUUUCCAGGCAUGACGGAGAUGGUGCGUAAAAUUACUCUGAGCAGAGCCGUGAGAAUCAUGCAGAAUCUCUUUCCUGAGGAGUACAACUUCUAUCCUCGCUCAUGGAUUCUGCCUGACGAGUUCCAGCUCUUUGUUGCUCAGGUUCGAAUGGUGAAAGAUGGCGACCCCUCCUGGAAGCCCACUUUUAUUGUGAAACCUGACAGUGGUUGUCAGGGCGAUGGCAUCUACCUCAUUAAAGACCCCAGUGACAUCCGCCUGGCAGGGACCCUUCAGAGCCGACCAGCGGUGGUCCAGGAGUACAUCUGCAAACCUCUUCUGAUCGACAAGCUCAAGUUUGACAUUCGUCUGUAUGUCUUACUCAAGUCCUUAGACCCCUUAGAGAUUUAUAUAGCCAAAGAUGGACUCUCUAGAUUUUGUACAGAGCCAUAUCAGGAGCCCAACCCCAAAAAUCUGCACCACAUCUUUAUGCACUUAACCAACUAUUCCCUGAACAUCCACAGUGGUAACUUUGUCCAUUCGGACAGCACUAGCACGGGCAGCAAAAGGACUUUCUCUAGCAUCCUUUGUAGGUUGUCUUCCAAAGGUGUUGACAUCAAGAAGGUCUGGUCUGAUAUCAUCUCCCUGGUGAUUAAGACUGUCAUUGCCCUGACUCCAGAGCUCAAAGUUUUCUACCAGUCGGACAUCCCCGCGGGGAGGCCGGGGCCCACGUGCUUCCAGAUUUUAGGCUUUGACAUUCUUCUAAUGAAAAACCUGAAGCCUAUCCUACUUGAAGUAAAUGCGAAUCCCAGCAUGAGAAUCGAACAUGAGCAAGAACUUUCUCCAGGGGUGUUUGAAAAUGUCCCCAGCCUUGUCGAUGAGGAAGUAAAGGUGGCCGUGAUCAGAGACACGCUGCGCCUCAUGGACCCACUCAAGAACAAAAGAGAGAACCAGUCUCAGCAGCUCAAGCAGCCACUAGCCGCAAAGGAAGAUCCUUCUGACAGCGAGCCGGCCAACACCUCCGACAGCAACUGCAAUCCCGAAGCCCACCUGCCGUCCAUCUGCCUCAAGCAGGUGUUUCCCAAGUACGCCAAGCAGUUCAACUACCUGCGUCUGGUGGACAGAAUGGCAAAUUUGUUUAUCCGGUUCCUGGGAAUCAAGGGGACAAUGAAGCUGGGGCCAACAGGCUUCCGGACUUUCAUAAGGAACUGCAAGCUCAGCAGCAGCAGCUUGUCCAUGGCGGCUGUGGACAUCCUCUAUAUUGACAUCACAAGGAGGUGGAACUCCAUGACCCUGGACCAGCGGGACUCAGGCAUGUGCUUGCAGGCCUUCGUGGAGGCUUUCUUCUACCUGGCUCAGAGGAAGUUCAAGAUGCUGCCUCUCCACGAGCAGGUGGCCUCACUGAUCGACCUGUGUGAAUACCACCUGUCCCUCCUGGACGAAAAGCGCCUGGUGUGCAGCCGGAGCGGCACAUCAGGGGGCCGGCCCCCAGACAGCGGCACCCCCCAGGAGGCCGCCCCCUCGGCUCAGCUGGCAGAGGGCAACCCCCCGUCCUGCACAAACAGCGCCCACAAGUUCUCCCAUUCCAGACACACGCUGUCCUGAGGGCCACUCGAUGCUGCCGAUGAAGAGCGAGCCCUUCAGGGCCGAAGAGAACCCUCUGGGCUUCCCGCCUGUGGAGAGGGGGCAGGCUGCGGAGAGGUCCUGCUGGAGAGCCCCUACUUGUCCCCAUGUCCUGCUCGGCUGUGCUUUGAAAGGCUGAUGAUUCCCCGCCCGCCUUCCUCUUGGUGGUCCAACUAUUCAUGAGUCAUCGGUGGACAUAUGACAUCCAAAACGUGACAGAUGGCAUCUUCUAUUCUGGGCUCACAGGAAGCAACAACCGGGGUAAAACUGUUGUACUGGGGGGCAUGGGGCGCCCGUGGUCCCCGGCCUGAGCUGUGGCGAGGAAAGAACUCCAGGAAGCUGCGUCCCGGGUCUGCCGGGGCCUCCGAGAGAACACUGUUCAGUCCCAGGGACAUCAUGUUUGCUUCCUACCUGCGAGCUGUGAAAACGAAGUGGCACUAGCAAGUGGGCAGACGCGACUCUCCGUGCCAAUCAUGGGCUACAUGGGUGCAGCUAACAGAUUGGCCUCAUUUAUUUCUUUAGCUUGCCUGUUGCUGCAAUGAUCGCUUUGUUAUUAAUUAAGAAAUAAUUAACCAAGAAGUAACUAAGGAAGGCUCCGAGAGUCUUAGAGUGGACAGGAGCCUCAGAGGUCAUUUUGUUUGGUUUUGUUUGACCUUGACCCCAGAGCCGGUGUCCCACUGUCACGUGGCUUCUGAUUGCCCACCCUCCCUCCCCUCCACAGAUAGGGCGCCACUUCGUGGCCAGAAGGUGGGUGGCAGGCACUGCCAGAGGGCCCCUGGGUGGGCGGAGGGGCUUCAGCGGGGAGGACAGAAGACCCUGGGGAGGGCCAGUGUGAGCAGGAGCAUGAUGUCCGAAGCUCAAGUGGCAGGUGUGGCCUGAGGGAAAGGAGGGCCCACACUCUCCCUGCCACGAGACCCUUUCCUUGUCUCCAUCUGUGUCCCCAGGCCAAGCUCUUCCCGGAGGGGGAGACUCAGAGGCCACCAAAGGUGGCAUUUUGGAAAACCAAGCCCUGAAGAGCUCCCUCUGGGCUGUUUGGCGACAAGAGCCACCGGUAAUGACUUUGUUUUCCCAAACAGCAGGACAGGAGGCCAAAGACAGGAGGGGCGGCAGAGGAGGCUGCACAGGGACAGUCAUCAGCUUGAUUCCCCAGUCCUCCUGGCUAGUUUCCUAAUGCUCUUCCCAUUUUCAGAUGGGAAAACAAAGGUCCGGGGGUGGGGGGGGGGGGUGGUGACCUGGUAACGUCAGGCUUGGUCCAGUUCUGUUGGUCGACCCCAGAGCCCCAUUUCCUUUAUGUGUCCCGGUGAGCGUGACUCCAGCUCCAACCCUCCCUGCCCCUGCUCCGGGGGGGCCCGGGGUCUCCCAGGGCCCUGCCCCUCUCCUGCAGUCUGGUGGCCUGGGCCAGGACAAUCAGUGUUCUUAAGUGGUCUGCUGCGAGAGAAACCACCUUGGACGACCCCAGGCCCAUUCUUCAGUCCCUGUUGUUGCCGGAGCAAAUGGGCUUCACGGUGAAAGACCAAGUAAACAUGUCUCUCACACUUGUUAGCAACUGGGAGCAGCACAGAGUCUUUUUAACAAAGCUCUGAUUUUGUUUUCAGAAAGCAUUCGCUUGCCAACAUGGAGUGCAGUUUUCAGCUCCCAAAUCAACCAAGCACAUUGGAUUUUGGUGGGGGAAAUGUCAAUUUCGAGCCACGUGGUUUGGGGUGAUUUGAAAAUGUCAGUUCUCACGGUGAGGAAUGUCCUGUCCCCCACCUUUGCACGUCAUCUGCGGGCAGGUGGCUCUGCCCAGCCCUCCAGGUCACUGUCUCGAAGGAGCCCCUCCUCUGUGCCAGGGCCCGAAUGAGCCCUGCACCCCAUGGUGAGUGCCGGAAAUGAGGCCAGUAAGUGAGAGACGGGCCCUUUUUUCUCAAUGCUGCUGAGCAGGAAGAAUUAGCGGCUGCUUCCUUAUCAGGGUGAGUGAUAGGCUUUCCCCACCUCCUUGGGGCCCAGGGGAAGCCCCCCUUGGGUAGCUGGCCGCUCGUGCUGCAGGGUGCAGAUGAAGUGAGAGCAAAGACAGACGUUCCCUUUCUCCUAGAAGAGAGGAACCGGGAGCCAAGGAGCCGGGGUCCGGAGAUGCCCUGCGAGAAGCUGAGCCCCCUGUGUUUUGCCCUGUGUUCCCCCAUUUCUGGGAUACGGCCCUCAGGAUCCACCCCUGGCCUCUUCUCACCUCGUCCCCGUUCCUCCCCCUCCUGCCGACCCCCCCCCCACACACACCCACCCACACGCACACACGCACACACGCACCCACGCACCCAUACACACGCACACACGCACACACAGUCCAGCCGAAGUCCCUGAAGGGCCAGCACUCCAGAGUGGGUUGAGUUCAGUGAAUGGAGAAAAUCAGGCUCCGCCAGUCUCAGCUCUGGGGACACCACGGGGCCGUGCCUGCCUUGCUGCUGCUGGUGCCCCGGUCAGCCUCCUUCCUCUUCCACGCUAGCUGUCCUGCCUCCCGCCCUCCAGCCUCCUGGGAGAGGUGCUUCUCUGCGGGGCCAGCAGGCGCGCCAUCCCCACAGCCUGGCCAGUCUGGAGCCCGCUGGAGGCGCUUACAAAGGCACGUUGGAUCCCGCACAGCUGUUCCAAGCACCGCCUAACGGGCCCCUCCCCACGGGCGGAGGCAGAGCGUCCUGGAGACAGAAGCCUCCAUCCCCAAACAAGUGUCCUCUUGUUUCUCCCGUGGGUCCCUGUCCACUCUCCCUAGCUCGGACUUCAUCACCUCCUGCCUCUCCUCCCCCUCAACUCAUCCUCCAUCCUCCACCCGCAGUGGCCCAGAAGGAAUUCAGAGAACCACAGAGCUGCCCACACGAUCCCCUAAUUCAAUCAGCUGUCAGCUCUGUCCACAUAAAGCCCACGCUCCUUAACCCAACCUUCAAGGCUGCUCAUAAUCCAGCCCCUUCCUUCCUUUCCAUCCUGGCCCACACACGUCAGGGGGCAGCCUCGGCCUGUCCCCUGCCACCACGCUCCCAGGGCACCCGCUGUCUGUUGCUGCCCCUCAGGAAGAGAGUGUGCUGGUCUCCUGCCACCGUGGCUGGGUCCCAGAACGAGGACCCGCUCCAGACUCUCCCACCUUCGUGCACACUGUUCCCUAUGCCUGGAUGGCCUCCCUCCAUCCAACGGACACUCAUCUUCAAGGUCCAGCUCAAACGUCCCACUGCAGUCCCUGCAGCAGAAUGAACUGUUCCCUCCAUCUACUUGGGGGAAUCUGGAAAGUUCUGUUAUCAUGCUUGCCCUGUGGCAUCACAGAGCUCCCUCCCACCAAGCUGCAAGUUCUUCCAGGUCAGGCAGGUGCUCGAUUCACGCCGGCCCCUCGAGCAAGGAGUCGGGGGUCCAGCAGGUGCUGGUUAAAGUAAAUGGUCAGCGAGUCCCAGGGGAGGAGCGGCGUUACAGUUCUCCUCCCCCACCCCCAGAGCCUGUGCAUACCCUUAAGAUUCAUGGAUUUUUAAACCCUGCCAAGGGAUUCACUGAAGCCCUCCGAGCCCCCAGCUGGCUCACUGGCUCCCCGGGGCACCAUAGCUGCCCCAUGACCCCAAGCAGACAAUUGGUCCCCUGACCCUGGGCCGUCCUUCCCUUGUCAUUUGUCCCUUCGUCCUGGGCUCAGGUCUGGGCUAUGCCCCCCGUCGGCACCCCCUCCUGUUCAGCCUCAGAGACUAAGGCCCGCCGGGCUGGAUGAUGCUAGCCAUGGCUCCUAUCUGGUGUGGGGCCUUCUCUUCAGCUCUGUAGCCGCCUAUGUCCACAUGGGGGGGGGGGUGAGCUCAGAGUAGGUAAUCCCCACGUGAAUGUAGAUGCUCGGGGGAGGGGGGGUGCUAGGACCGGUUUGGGGUGGAGCCCAGACUUUUGGAAUGGUGUUCCUGCCUUUCUAGAACCAACUCCCUUUCCCAUGUCACUUUAACAACGGUUGUUCAGCACUUCACAGUUUACAAAGUAUGGGUACAUCCACCUGCCCCCUGACACAUCCAUCCUGUCCUCUGGGAAUGGGGGUUCUCACAGAGAGGGGGCGGAGGCCCAGGCUCGUGGCUGGAGAAAGGCAGAGCCGGACCCACAGUGAAGCCCCAGGUUCCUUUCUUGGCACCGUGACCACUCUGCACAGAGACUCAACACCUCCCAAAACCCAGAGGGGAGAGGCUUUGGAGCCCCUUUCAGAGACGCGGGAGGCUGGGGGGUGGCCCAGCCUGUGCCCCGGCUUCUGGGGGCUAACAGGGGCCUGCCCACCUGCCCCUCUCGUGCCCACCUUCUCCCCACCCCAGCGGAGCUCCAGGGGCCGAGCGGCAGGUCCCUCAGCCACACAAGGCGGUGACUCACUCACUUGGUCCCUGGGAGCUAAGACAAGGAACAGCAAGCACAAAGCCACACAAACGUUUGGCUCAAAUGCCAUGUUAUCUUCAGAUGGCUUCUGGUUUCCCACAAAGUGUGAAGGGAUGAAGGAAAAACUUUCCUUCUUGAAUGUUGUAAUCCAUCAAGACGAAUGAAGCCCAGUCAGCUCCUCUCCCUCUCCACCUGCCCUUCAUCCUCACACUUAACGACACUCGCAGGGUAAAAAAUGGCCCCUACUGUUGCUCCAGCACCUGGAGUUGGCCUUGUGAUUGGCAGAGUAUUACACCAAAAUGGCUUCCUUCUCCUCCUUCUUUUUUUUUUUUUUCACUUCUUGAUUAAUGUCCUAAAUUCCUUGGCCCUAUAAUUGAAAAUGGGCUUGAAAUGGCCGGCAUUUGAGCACCUUCCCUCGAAGCUCAGAAAUGAUGAAACCUCUUGCUGGCGGAAGCUGGUGUUCCCAGUAGCUGAGGGAGCUGUUCUCUCUCCGCGAGGUCAGUUAACCUAAAACCCACUUCGCCUGGACUGACAUUUUUUUGCCAGUCUCCUACUUUGUGUGAUGAACGGGAGAGGGAUUUUCCCAGAUGGCAUACGAAUUUCUCCCUCAUGAAAAAAAAUCCAAAAUGUGUUUCUGUUCCCAGGGACAAAAAAGGCUUUGCAGAACACUCAACCUCCAUUACCUCCAUCUCUAGUAACCAAAAGUCUGGACGUGUAUAUAACUAGGAAAGCCAUGCAGCAUAAUGCUUUACAUGUGCACGCGUGUGCACACACACACACAGCACCAUCGAGCUUUUGUAUAAAAUAGCAACAUUACUGAUGAUUUUCUCAUUUCUGGCGAUUUCCUUCUGAGUCUUAUUUAGAGAGCCAAGGAAAAAGGGCUCUGUGCGGCCCUAGGGUAACAUAACGUGCUCCCCAAGAGGCUCCUGGGAAAGCUUUCCUCUGACGUGAAGGUGCUUUUGAGGAUUCUGACCAGGACCGUCGGCCCGGGCCUCAGGGACACCAGGGCACUCCCGGGCUGCAGGAGCGAGGCCACAGUGAUGGGGGAAGCCAGCCGGGGUAUUUUCCCCAGCAGAACCUCUUGCAUCACAAAGGGGAAGAAAAGACCUGCUUUUGCAGCGCCUGUCACUAUGCUGGGUGAUCGUGCACCAGCGACUUCACCUCUCUGCCCUAUUUCUCGGGCCCUUACGGUGGCAAUCGUGUCAUCAUGGACAUGAGGAGCCUAUCACGGGAAUUGGCGCCCAGGAACUACCUUAACAAAUGUCUGCUGAGAUCUGCUAGGACGGGACAGAUGCCAGGGAACCCUCGGGCCCACCUGGAUGUCCCCGACAGAGGGGCCCUUGAGGUCCGGCGGGCCCCCCCACCCCCUGCCUGGCGCUCCAGCCUUCCUCCCUCUGGGCAGGGCUCUGUGCUAGGCUGCAGCUCCUGCCUCUUAAAAGCCUUUAAACAUUCUUUAUUAAAUUUUAAUGGCACAUAAAGUCAAGGUUCUGUUACUUGGCCUCAGUUGUCUUGGUAACUUCGUAAAAUGCAGUAAUAAAACAAAGCUGAGUGUUGCUAAAC